AUGAGGUGCACAUGCUUGAUGACAAUUUUCAUGUUGGCAUUGGGUGCCUUUGCUCAGGAUGGCACCUCGACCGGUACCGAUGGCAGCCUCACCAACCUGCCCGUCCCAACAACUUCAACGACUCUCCCAGACGCCACCACUGCCACGGACGUCACUAGCAUUACGACCACAUCAGUGCCAACAAUAUCGUCGACAUCCACGACACCCUCCACAACCACACCCGCCAAUUCAGCAACAACAACAGCCCCCACGUCCCUUGUAACAUCAUAUGCAAGGACACCUGCACCAGUGACCACAUUCAGAGCACCCCCACUCCCUAAUGGUAAUGCUGCCUUCCGACUUGCUCUGAGCAAUCAUGACACCAUUACGCAAACCAGCAUUGGAUUCGGACACGGACAUAUGUAA